AUGGCGCUUUUAUCGUUGGGUCUGGCACCCACACUCGCUGUGUUGGGUGGUUUAAUCGGCCUCUAUAUCCUGCGCGUAAUUUACUUGACUUACACAAACCCAAUUGCCCGGAUCCCUGGUCCUGAGAUCACCAAAUGGACAAGCUGGUAUGCCCAAUAUCAACUCAUCAAGGGAACCAGGCCACGCUGGAUCCAGAACUUACACCAAAUCUAUGGCCCCGUCGUCCGCAUCGGUCCCAAUGAGCUCGACUUUUCCGACGUCAGCGCGGCACGAGAGAUCCACAAAGUCGGCGCUGGCUAUUUGAAGUCCAACUGGUAUCGCAAACUUGGGUAUCAAGGUUCCGAGACACUGUUCAGCACGACAAAUCCGCGAUUUCAUGCUGAGCGUCGUCGACUGUUGUCGGGCCCAAUCUCCGAGCAGAAUUUGCUCAAGAUGGAGCCUAUUAUCAACCAGCGUAUCUAUAUGACCAUUGCCAGGAUCGAAGAGGAGAUUGAAAAGACUGGUGCGGCGGAUAUUUUCAAGUGGUGGACAUUUAUGGCCACAGAUGUUAUUGGAGAGUUGUCGUUUGGUGAAUCAUUCCGUAUGUUGGAGCUUGGAAAGAAAACGCAAUACAUUACGGAUCUCCAAAAUGUCUCCCGCUUGAUGGCUCUGCGAUCAAUCUUCCCCUUCAUCGAAGUUGUUGUCAGGUUUCUCCCAUUGCCAGUCUUCAAAAAGGCCACCGAAGCUGGCGCUCGUAUCCGCAACUACGCCGAUCAGUCCAUCAAACGCUACAAAGGCAUCAUUGAUCUCAAUCCCAUCGAUCCCAAACCAACGCUCUUCACGAAACUCUACAAUCCUGGUCGAGAUGGCAAGGAAGGCUUGACAGAUCAAGAAAUCGUCCGCGAAGCCGUUGGCUACAUUGCAGCUGGAAGCGACACAACUGCCGUGACACUUACGUACCUCAUCUUCGGCGUCUGCAUCAACCCUGAGGUCCAGAAGAAGUUGGUGGCCGAAGUAGCUGGCUUGCCAGAUAACUUGCAGCAUAAGGAUGUGCAGGAUUUGCCUUAUUUGAAUGCUGUUUUGAACGAGACUCUGCGCUUAUAUCCUGCAACUCCGUCGCCGUUGCCGCGUGUGGUUCCUGACCAAGGCGCUGAGUUGUCCGGUCAUAAUAUUCCGGGGGGUACUAUCGUUUCGAGUCAGGCUUAUAGCUUGCACAGGAAUGAAUAUGCGUUCCCAAACCCAGAGAAAUUCCAACCUGAGCGCUGGUUUAACCCAAAUCGUGAAAUGAAAGAUGCCUUCCUGCCAUUCGGCGGUGGAUCUCGUGUAUGCAUUGGCAUGCAUCUCGCCAAAAUCGAAAUCCGCAUGGGAGCUGCCCUCUUUUUCAAGAAGUUCCCCAAUGCCCACAUGUCGACUCGCGACGGCAUGACCUUGGAAGAAAUGAAUCCGUUGAUGUAUUUUAUGGCCACUCCGCGGGGAAUGCGUUGUCUGGUUGAGGGUCAUUAA